AUGUCACCGUCUCCUGAGCAUGUGCCUGGCGAGCAAAGUACCGAAGCUAACAACCCAAUCCCAAGGUGCGAGUUAUGCAAGCAGAGAAAGGUAAAAUGUGACCGUGGUCAGCCCUCUUGCGGGUGGUGUAGCCGCAAUGGUGCUCUUUGUGAGUACAAGGAACGCAAAAAGCCUGGCCUUCGCGCUGGCUAUGGUCGAGAGCUUGAACAGCGCCUUGACAAGCUCGAGGAGAUCCUCAGAGCACACGCCGAAAUUCUCCAGGCCACCCUGACCUCCAACCAACACAAUGGAACCGCGCCAAGCAUAAGGAACAGCAAUCCGAGCCUGCCAAGUGAUCACGGCACCCCACGCGACACCGCAACUAUGUUCCGGCCAUCUGAACCUAUUCGAACGCCGCAGGCUGAGACGGCUCUCUUCUUGCAAAAGCCGUCAACUUAUCCGCCCACUACGCAGUCCAUGGAGUUUGGAAUGCCGCCUCCGACUCCUUCCAUGCAUGAGUUCCAGGGACAAAUACCCAUGACCACCAUGCCCGCACCGCCUAGUCACGCUGCUGCAAUGUCGCACCCUAGCAGUGCAGCGCAGGAAUAUUAUGGCACAAAUUCAGCGCAGCUUCAUUCGCCAGAUGUGCAGAUGGCCCAGAGCCAGGCUUCAACAACCCCAGACCAAGAGCUUCCACCUUAUGACCUACUCUACGCUCUUGUGGAUCUAUACUUUAAGCACAUUAACACAUGGUGCCCUAUACUUCACAGAAAAACAACCUUGGACUCACUUUUUGGACCCUCCACCUUGGAGGAAACUGAUCGUAUUCUUUUGCACGCCAUUGUUGCAACUACGCUACGGUAUUCCACCGACUCGAGACUCACAGAAGAGAGUCGGCAACACUACCACUCCAUAUCCAAGCAAAGAGUUCUGUUGUACGGCAUGGAGAAUUCCUCAGUCAAGUCUUUGCAGGCUUUGGUUAUUCUAUCUCUCGAUUUGGUGGGCAGUAGCAACGGACCUCCAGGUUGGAAUAUAAUGGCUCUGAUAACGAGGUCUGUUGUGCAACUUGGCCUGGCUGUUGAGAGCACCUCGUUUUCAGUGUCGCCUAAUUUCACGUCUAUCUACACAUUGAGGGCUAUGAUUCUCCCAGAGCCCAAAGACUUCAUCGAGGAAGAAUCCAGACGGCGGCUUUUCUGGAUGAUAUACCUCCUAGACCGCUAUGCUACUUUGGCUACCGCUUUUGAAUUCGCACUUGACGAUAAAGAAAUCGACCGGACUCUGCCUUGCCGAGAUGACCUCUGGAUCAAGAACCAGAAGGUAGAGACGCGUUGGUUUCGGACCCAAGAUCACCCUGAGGAUACCAAUCCUGAGUACGACAUCAACAAGCCAGAGAACCUUGGUGCUUUCUCAUAUUACAUUGAGAUCCUGGCAAUUCUCUCCAAGAUUCAUAAGUUUCUGAAGCAACCCGUAGACAUAAGCGCACUGAGCGAUGUGGAGCAAUGGCAGAUGCGCUAUAAAGAGCUUGACAACAUGCUCACCUCAUGGAAGUUUGGCCUCCCCGGGGAGUACGGCAAUAUGGCCAAGCUCUUCCAGCCCGGAAACAAGACGCUUAACUGCGGCUGGGUCAUGUUGCAUGCCACAUAUCACACGGCCGUCAUUCGAUUACAUUCUUCGGCCGCAUAUCCUACUACUCGGUCUCCCAUCUUUACACCUUCAUAUAGUGCCUCGCAGCGUUGUCAUGGGGCAGUCGAAAACAUCGCUGCCCUAGGAGAAUUCGUCGUCAACAACGGACUGCUUGCGAAGCUAGGCCCUCCCUUUGCAUUUACUUUGUGGGUGGCAUCGCGUCUGUUGCUCGUUCACGGGUCCACGGUAGAACAUAAGCUCUCGCCUCAAAUCCAGUUCUUCGUAGAGACGCUUCGCGAAAUGGGGCGAUACUGGCCAGUAGCGGCGCGAUAUUGUGGUCUUUUGCAACGUGUACUAGACGAGCAUCGCGACAGCGAGCGUCAGGGUGACGGCGUCACACCAAGCUCGGUCAAGAUACUUGCCGACAUGCGGAGGACUGCAUUUGAUCUGGACUUUUUGAUUUCCCGGCAACCUCGUCCGAACGGCAUGCCAAAUCACAGUCGGCUGCCAAGCGUGACGCCGGCUCGAACCCCCGCGCCAAAUGAACUCGAGUAUUUGGACGUCUUCGACUUCUUCAAUGUACCCCGGCUGCCGGUGGGCAACGAAAAUAUAACCGGCAUCCAGCAUGCCAUAGGAGCCAAUAGUGCACAGAACGGAACAUCAGCCGGCAUGGAUGGUAGCAGUGAGAAUGGUGGCUCUAAUGCGCCAGCCCCUACCGGCAAUGAAUUCAACAUCACAAACUUUAUGGUCGAUGCAAAUAGCGACUGGCUUUUUAAACAGGAAGGAGCCAAGUUCUUGUCAUGA